GUUUUUUCAUCAGCGUUUAUCGUUCUUUACUGUAUAUAUACGUUUUCGUUUGAAGAAAUAACCGCCCUUUUCCUUCCAAUUGGCGUAUUCUACGCGUUUGUUUUGUCUGGGUUAUUUUUGAUCAUCUUAUUACUUGGGGAAUUCUGAUUCAUUAAAAAGAGAAUGAAUUCAAACUCUCCAGCACAGUUUGUUCCAAGUACACCGAGGUUCAGAUGUACUACGGACGCUGGACACACCUAUUCAACGCCCGUAGCUGUUGUUCCAAACAUGCGACUGUCUUUAGAACGUACAAUAGACUCCGGCGAUGCCGCGGUUCCAAGAACCCCUGUUGCCGAUCCAGCACCCACAAGAACUCCUCAUUCAUUUAGAUUCAGCGCAGUCCUCCACACACCUGUCUCUCACUAUAAUACGGACAAAUAUGAUAACUUGCCUGAACAGGAAGUUCCUUCUACUCCUAAGAGAAGCCAGACCCCAGUUUUCUCCACCCCAUCCUUGCCCCAUACAACCAUUUCCAACGACUUGCACGUUGGACAAGUUGUACGAAACCUAUCCUUUGCUGCUGAAAAAUUAGUUUUUGAAGUGAUGUCUGGUAACAUUAUUAUCAAUAGCGAGUUGUCCACAAGACGUUGCAACAAAUGCCGAAAUCAUGGCCGUUUGGUGACGCUGAAAGGCCAUAAACCUUUCUGUCAGUUCAAGAAUUGCUCCUGUAAAGCGUGCACUCAGUUGGAGAUGAAGAAACUUUCUACUGCACUUCGUAGAAAAGAGAAAAUAGCCAGGGACAAUCCACUGUUUGACACUUUCUGCCAGCCACCUGUGGGUCCUUGCCUUGUCAGAUACCAGCCCUACAAAGCCAUGAGAAUUCCGUGCAACAACCCAUCGUCAGGUUCCAUGGUAGAGUCAUGCAUGGUCAGAUACCAGCCCCAUAGAGCACCAAUCAAGAGCCAGUGUUACAGCCCGCCUGAUACUCUGGUAGAGCCCUCAAUUACCCUGAGUCUUCCUAGUCUCCAUGCAGCUUCCAAUUCUAAGACAUCCAGCACCUCAUAUAAGACUGAAAUGAGGAGGUAUAGCAAUAUCACAAAGAGCAUAAUGCCCACAUCAAAAACAACCAUGGACACCAGUGCUGCAGAACCAAGCAUUGAGGUGUUAAAACAAAAUCUACUGGUAUCAACAAACAAUGUGAUCCAACAAGUACCCAGAACAUAUUGGAUCAACCAGUCUACCAACACUCACCAUGCUAUACAGCCACCUAGAGGGAGUCAGGCAGCUGGAAUAUCUCAUCCCUGUUUCUCGGUUUCUUCAAGCUUCCAUCGUGCACCUGCUUGUUCUGUCCAAUCCAUGCCAUGGCUCUGUGAGCCCACGUACACGACCCUGAAGCCAGUAUCACACGUAGGUCUGAGUUAUUCAGCAGAUGGAGCCUUUUGGAUGCAACAGGAGCAAGGAUCACAGUCUAGGGAGGCGGGGGCUAUGUAUCGCGACACAAAUUAAAGAUGAACACAGUUAAUGAAAUCUGAAGGAAUUACAUUUAGUUUGUUAUGUAAUAUGGUUUUCACUUUUGUUGUAAACAUAUAUUUCUGCUUAUUUGGAUCUCUCUAUUGAGCAAUUAUAUAAUUGAAACCUUUAAAUGUACUUUAUCAUGCAUGCUAACCAAACUUUCCUUGUAAUGAACAAAGAGAAGUUAGGGGACCUAGCAGCUACUGAGGCUAAACAGAGGGAUCAUGCCAAAGUUAGGCCUGAAGACUGCAAUGGGUCAUUGUACUAUGUGCUCCAAACUUUAUACCGGUCAUAUCUUUUAAAGUUGAAGAUAUACCAGAUAUAUGGCCUUUUCUUGGCUCAUAAAAUGUCAAAUUAAAUUGAAUUUGUUUAUCUUGAUCAUUUCAUUAUUUCAAAUAAAAUGAAUGUUUUAACA